AUGGGCUCGGUCAAAACACCCUUGGAGAGCGUCCAAGCAUGCUGGGCACGCGUCUCUCACAAUUCCCCCGUCUACAAAUUCUUCUUUUCGGACAUUGAACUCGUCUCUGCCACCGACGGCUCCAUGGUCGCUCGACUUCCUGUGUCGGCAAAUCUGCUCAAUUCCAAGGGUGGACUGCAUGGCUCCGUGUCCGCAACCAUCGUCGAUUGGGCUGGAGGGAUGGCCAUUGCCAGUACGGGCCUGGAAAAGACUGGAUUGAGUACCGAUAUCCACGUUUCCUACGUCUCGACCGCGAAGCUGGGCGACGUUUUGACCAUCGAGGGCCAUGUCAGCAAGGUGGGGAGAAACAUGGGCUUCACUACGGUUACCAUCUACAAGGGCGAAGGCGCAAGUAAGAGCGUGGUGGCCCAUGGCACUCAUACAAAAUACAUUCUUCGAGACCGGGAGCAGACCACGAGCAGCUCCUGA